AUGCCUCCUGCGCCGUAUUGGGGGGACUUGUCUGGCCCCAAAGCUGCCAGACGCCAGCGUCGCCAGUCUGAAGACUUUAGUCUCCCGGAGCGCAUGUCACCUGAGCCAGUUCCCUCAACCGCAGCAGCAACAACAGCAGCGGCAGUAGACAAACCGCUUCCUCCUCAUCCCCCAAAGUCGAAUCGCACUUCCCUACAGACAACAAACACCGAGGCCUACACCGAGUCUACGCUCAGCCCCUUCGCAUCGCCCACUGCAUCCAGCGUCGCGGACCAAGGGCUUGCCCCGCGCCCGCCGACUUUUCCCUACGGCGAGUCUCAGUAUCCUGAGGAGCCGGCCGAGAGGCGCCAGCGACGACGCAGAGAGCGCAACGGCGAUGAUAGGGACGAGGACCCUGAUCAAGAUUCUCUCUCCGCUCCCACGCCUCCAGCUGCCCCCGAUGUGCCCAAGGCACCUCCCGUGAGCUUCAGACAUCCAUACGGCAAUGGUGGUCUACCAUACACCCACCCUGCUCCGAGUCCAGCUCGAACACCGCGACAGCCUAGUCCGCUGGUCGGUCCGGAAGACGAGAUGAACCCUGAAGAGUACUACAAGGAUCCUGCCCCCGAAAGGCAACAGCAGGACCUCCCUCCCCUAGACCGCUCCCAGCGCACACUGGAUGUGGCAACCGAGACGCGGCCACCCCGCGAACCCCGCGAACCCCGCGAACCUCAGAGCUCGUCGAGGAGGAGAUCGGCCGGAGGAUCAGGCAGAGAUGCACAGAGGAGGAAAGCUUCCAUGGGAGACUCCAGCAGAAAGUUCGCCAACGACCGCUCUCCACUACAGAGGCUUGAGUCGAAGCUCGAUACCAUUACAAAAGAGGAGAAGCGAGCUCGUGUGGAGGCCGCAGAGCGCCGCGCCAGGGAGAAGGCUGCGGCAAAGGCUGCCCAGAACCCUGAUCUACUUCAACCACCUGAAGCUUCGCAACGCGCGCCGCGACAACAUCCCAAGCAAGAGCCUCAGCGACCACUGCCUGAGCCCCCAGUCCAGCAAGUACAGGUACAUCAAGUGCCUGUACAGCAGGUGCGCUUCCGCGACGAAAGAUAUGACGAUAAUCCGCAUGUGCAGCAGCACGCCAACGUCGCUGCUUCACGUGGACCCCCGGCGCAAUACUACCCCGAAGACGAAGCAAGAUAUGCGCCGCGCCAAUCGCUCGACGAUCGGCGACAACACCAGCAGCACAUGCCCGAAAGCCAUAGGCGGCAUGCAUCUGGCCCUUACCCGUCGAGAGGCCCCGCAAUGGAGGCUAUGGAAGUGAGACGCCCUCCGCCCUCUUCUGGUGUUCCGCAGCGAAGUGUGAGCCUUCGCGAGCCGCCUAGUGAACCUGCCGUUGCAAACUCCGGUAUUCCGAAGCGCAAUCUGAGCUUCCGGGAGCGGGCCGCGAAGGACAACAUGAAGUUGCCUCAAGCUGCCGAUCCUCAAAAUCCAGACGACAGCCCAGAGCCUACCCCGCCAGUAGCUGGUUCUAGGAGACCCAGUUUCUCUCUGACUAGGAGCGGGAGCAAUAAGCUCAAGAAGCAGCCCAAAGGUGAUCCUUGGUUCAGCAUCCGGAAGGAUGCAGAGAAGAAGUACGAAAACAUUGAGUUCCGCAAUGCCGCCAUGGACCAAUCUGCGGCCGAAAAGGGCGGUCCCCCGGUGCAGAGAUCCGUGUCGCACGCAACGCGCGAACAGGCAUUGCCCCCGGACGCAACAAUUGAAGAAGCCAGACAGACCAGGAUGCCCAGUAAGGCUGCGAAGCUAAUUGGUAUUGACUUUGGAGGAGUUCAGCGACGCUCGACUGCCCCGGCAGCACAACACUACGACUCCGACUCUGACGGUGAAGAUCCUCGUUACGAAGACCCUCGGCGUGCGCCUGUAGCAUCUGGUGGGCGUGGCGAUGGAUAUCCUCAUGCAACCCACGGACAUGCUGCGGCGCGUGGUAGGCCCACCGACAGGGAGUACUACUCUGAGGAUGAUGGAUUUAGUGACGAUUCUCGGGAUUUGUAUCCCGCAAAGAAGACUUUCCGUCCUGGCGAGGGCAUCUACAAACCGCCUGUAUACCUCGAUGAGUGGAAGAAGGCGACCGUCGGUAGCCUCUGCGGCAACAUGCUGGACCUCAGCGAGGAGCGGCUCGCCUCCAUUGAUAAGGACACUCCUUGGUGGGAGGGUGGCAGAGAAGGCGGUAAGCGCAGAGAAAGCACUUCGCGGCCGCGCAAGGCUGAAGCAUUCGACGGCGAGUACGACGACACACAUGACACCCUAGCACCUACACGAUUUAAGCCGCCGCUGUUUCUCAAGUGUGGUCCUUUGUUGAGAUACUGCGGACUCAAGCACGAGAAGGUUCCCGCCCGUAACAGGAACAUCGCUGUCAAUGAGAAGACAAUAUGGAGAGGCUCAGUCAUGAUCGUCACGCAAGACAGCGACUCCUCGUACGAAAUCGCGCCAACAUUGAGACUUUUCGUGCAGCCUAUCGAGCUCCUACCGCCCCCACCUCAGGAGAUCUCCGGGGAGCAAGGUUUACCGCCAGAAUACGUGGAUCCGAUUGCGGGCAUUCCGAAGCUGGGUAGACGGGGAGAGACCCUUUAUGUCCGCCCUGUGGAGCAUCUCGACGAGGCCAAGGACUUGUCCAGAGACGAGACAGACAAUGGCCUCUUUGAGAAGACGAGAAGUCCUCCAGACUACACGCCGCCUAAUGGCUCUCCGGAUUUGCCUGGGUCUUUCGCCAGCCGUAGAAAGCGUGUAGAGAUUGACGGAGAAAAGGUCUCUAAGUACAAGGACGUUCGCGGUUUCCGACUUCACGCAGAGCGCGGAUGCACGUUCUGGCGCUUCAACAUCGAGAUCGAGCUUCGCGAGAAGCAGCAGCGGAUUGCUUACAGAAUCAAUCGGGGCCCUGCAAUGGGCUUCUGGGUUCCUGCAGUGGGACAGUCCAUGAACAUUAUGUUCCACAGCUGCAACGGCUUCAGUGCUAGUGUCAACCCCGACGACUUCAGCGGACCGGACCCCAUGUGGCGCGACGUCCUCAACACGCACCAGUCGCAGCCUUUUCACGUCAUGAUUGGCGGCGGCGACCAAAUCUACAAUGAUUGCCUGAUGGACCAGAGCAAGCAGUUCCGCGAAUGGCUGGCGAUCAAGAAUCCUCUGCACAAGCACAACUCGCCCUUCACCCUGACAAUGCAGGACGAGCUUGAACGGGCUUACCUGGAACGGUACUGCAUGUGGUUCUCGCAAGGUCUCUUUGGCCUGGCCAAUUCGCAGAUUCCCAUGGUCAACAUGUGGGACGAUCACGAUAUCUCUGAUGGCUUCGGCUCCUACGCCCACCACGACAUGAACUCCCCAGUGUUCUCUGGCCUCGGCAACGUUGCCUACAAGUACUAUAUGCUUUUCCAGCACCAGAGCAUUCCGAGUGAGACGGACGCCACUGAGCCUAGCUGGGUGCUCGGCAGCAAACCUGGUCCGUACAUCAGCGAGUUGAGCCGUAGCUUGUUUGUCGAGCUAGGAUCCAACAUUUCUCUACUCGCUGUUGAUGGCAGAACAGAAAGGACCGAGCUCGAUGUGGUCAGCGAGCCCUCGUGGCAGAAGAUCAUGGACCGCUGCUACGAAGAGCUGCGGACAGGCAGAACUAAGCACUUGCUUGUUUUGCUUGGUGUUCCAAUUGCCUACCCCAGAUUGGUCUGGCUGGAAAACAUUCUUACUUCGAGAGCCAUGGAUCCCGUGAAGGCACUUGGCAAGUUGGGUAUGCUCGGCAACACUCUCAACCACAUUGAUGGAGGCGUCGAAGUUCUCGACGACCUCAAUGACCACUGGACCGCCAAGAACCACAAGAAGGAGCGCACAGUCGUAAUUCAAGACAUGCAAGACCUGGCGGCUGACAAGUCUGUCAGAGUCACCUUCCUGAGUGGUGAUGUUCAUCUCGCUGCUGUGGGCCAAUUCUAUGCCAACCCCAAGCUCGGCCUGCCCAAGCACAAGGAUUUCCGAUACAUGCCCAAUGUCGUCUCAUCAGCCAUCGUCAACACGCCGCCUCCCGAUCUGAUGGCGGAUAUCCUGAACAAGCGUAACAAGAUUCAUCACUUUGACGAAUCGACUGAUGAAGACAUGAUCCCGCUCUUCCACCAUGGUGUCGAUGGUAAAGCGAGGAACAACAAGCACCUGCUGCCGCAUCGCAACUGGUGCUCCAUCCGAGAAUGGACUCCGGGCACAACACCGCCUCCUACCCCGCCUUUGUCGGCUUAUGAUAGAAGCCCAAGCCCACCGGCGAGCCGUGGAGGCCUCUUAAGACGAUUUUCUUCAAAUCGUGGCCCCGCGUACCGACCCGAUGUUCAGCGCGAUGAGUCUCGAUCGCGUCCUCCGAUUUCCAACAACAAGGGCAAAGCUGGUGGUCUGUUCCGAAGCCUCUCACGCCGCAACUCGACUGACGGAGGUCGGCCAACCAAUGUUGAUAAGCCCAAGCGAUCACUGUCGUUGACGCGCGUCUUCAGUCUGGGUCGCCGAAGCAGCAAAAAGUCUCAGCCCGAUGAUGGUGGCAUCAAUGGGCAAUGGGGAGACGAGGAUAGUGUCGACGGUAGUGUCGAUGAUGGAUACUAUGGAUAUGAUGAUGAGUACGACCGCCGACGUGCGCCUAGGUCUAGGGGUAUGGGUCUUCGAGGAGGAGGAGGAGGAGGACAUGAUGAGUACCAGUCCGGCGACGACUCGUACUUCACGGCUCGUCCCGCAGCACGGAUGAGGGGCGCACCUAUUAGGGGGGGACCUGACUCGGAAGACGAGUUCUCGCCCGGCGAUGAGUCUCAGUUCACUGCUCAUCCGCCACCUCGCGCUUACACUAUGGGCGACGAGCGCCAGGUUCCUCGGUCGCAAGAGAUUCUACCGCGGCCAAAGGCGUUCCAUCGCACCCCGACCGGGAUGUCAGUCAAGCAGAAGAAGAAGGCGGACGCAUAUGAAGUUGACCUUGAGGGCGGCUUGGAUAUUUGCCUCAAUGUGGAGGUGAACCAGAAAGAUCCUACUGGUAUUACGGUGCCUUACCGACUGCUCGUGCCGCGUCUCAUCUGGGACGACGCCAAGGAGGCAGCUACAGUUCAGCCACCUGCCCCGUCUGGUUUCAAGCGAAUGUUCAGCAUGAAGAAGAAGGAUGCUGGCGCCGUGCAGCCUCAGGAGCCGGCAUCAGAGGAGCAAUUCGAGGGAUCUGUCAAACAAGGGUCCAUCAGGCAGGGCUCACUCAAGCAAGGGUCCGCCAGGCAGUCUUCAGUAGCACCUUCCGCCGGACGGGAGCCUGUCUACGAUGCGCCGCCCAAGAACGCGAGGUAUGAGUCGCCUGGAGGUUAUGACUCGGCCCGUACUCAUGGGUCGUCAGGAAGAUUUGACUCGCCGGCCAGACAUGAGAUGCAGAGUGUGAGGCAGGGUCGGUGA